UAGCCCUGCAACAGUACCAAAGUUGCUUUUUCUGGCUGAAGACAUGUAGUCGCUCCUAUGAAUUGAAUAUGAAUUUACCGACGCGAAGUCAGAGAGAAUGUACAUUUUCAUUUCUGAAAUUAAUGCAGAUGUGUACUUUGGAACGAUAACUUAAAGAAUGUGAUGUACUUUGAUCCUGUUGACGAGUGGGAAUUGUGUUCAAAACGGCCACAACGAAAAUACUUGUGACACUUCUUUAGCUGUCGAUUUGCAAUCGACGUUGAUCCAAUUCUCGGUUACCUUUCGGUCACAGCACGUCAGAGAACUAAGUUGAACGACGUUUGACACGCCAGCAUAUCACAAAGACGCCGAAAAAUGAUUAAUACAGGGAAAUUGGCUGGACGCACCAUCUUUAUUACAGGAGCUUCAAGAGGAAUUGGGAAGAGCAUAGCUUUGAAAGCGGCAAAAGAUGGUGCAAAUAUCGUUAUUGCGGCAAAAACUGCCGAACCACACCCAAAGUUGCCGGGUACCAUUUAUACUGCAGCUACUGAAAUCGAAGAAGCCGGUGGUAAAGCUCUACCUUGCAUUGUGGAUGUACGCGAUGAGAAGCAGGUGAUUAAUGCAGUAGAGAAUGCUGUUGCCAAGUUUGGUGGAAUAGACAUUGUUGUGAACAACGCGAGCGCUAUUUCUUUGACAGGCACUCUUGCAACUGAAAUGAAAAGAUAUGAUCUAAUGAAUAAUAUUAAUGCAAGAGGAACGUUUCUCGUAUCCAAAGUUUGUAUUCCAUAUUUAAAGAAAAGCACAAAUCCACACAUAGUUAAUAUAAGUCCGCCAUUGAAUAUGAAACCAAUAUGGUUUCAAAAUCAUGUUGCAUAUACUAUGGCUAAAUAUGGAAUGUCAAUGUGUGUUCUUGGUAUGGCAGAAGAAUUGAAGCCUGAUGGCAUUGCGGUUAACGCCGUUUGGCCUAAGACAGCUAUAUAUACCGCUGCAAUGGACAUGCUGUUAAGUUCAGAUUCGAGUGAUGUCUCUCGAAAACCUGAAAUUAUGGCAGAUGCUGUUUACGCAUUGGUCUGUAAAGAUAGCAAAUCCAUCACUGGUCAAUUUCUAAUUGAUGAAGAAAUAUUAAAAAAAGAGGGCAUUACUGAUUUGACAAACUAUGCAUGUAAUCCAGCAAACAAAGACAAUUUAAUGCCGGAUUUUUUCGUGGAUGAUAUUCAAUAUGCUCAAAUUCCUAACAAAACUAAUGAAGAAACUGGACAGUUGGCACGUAUAUUUAAUGCCAUAAGUGAAAAUUUGAGUAGCGACUUGGUUAGCAAAACUGGUGCUAUAUAUAAAUUCAAUGUUAAAGGGAAAGAAUCUGGUGUAUACUUUCUUGAUUUAAAAAAUGGCAAUGGCGCUACUGGCAAAGGGGAACCGAGUCAGCCAGCAGAUACAACUCUUACAAUGGAUUCAGAGAAUUUCUUUGCUAUGUUUUCAGGUAAACUAAAACCGACUUCUGCACUUAUGACGGGAAAAUUAAGCAUUAGUGGAAAUAUACAGAAAGCGAUGAAAUUGGAAAAAUUAAUGAGCAGUUUGAAAUCGAAAUUGUGAAUACAGAUUAUUAAAAAAUCUUACAAUAUAUUUUCAUGUAUCAUAUCAUAAUCUUAAAAGACGAUAAAUAUGUAUUUUAUAUGCUCAUUGUUAGAUGUAAUUUUGUUCUUUUUUGUGAAAAAUAAGAAAAGCUCGUAAAUAAUAGUAAAUGACUAUAAAUUAAAAUUUAGUAUAUUAAUAUCGCAUUUUUUAUUGAAUUGAUUGUUUCUAGGAAACAAAAACGUAUAUCUUAAGGAAAUCUUGUUUAAUAUUUGAUAAGAAUAUUUUUUUAUAAAAAACAAUAACAAUUGUGUACGGAAAGACUUCCAAAUGUGUACUUUUGCAAAUUGUAUUCAUACAAAGUUAUACAUAAGUCAUACAUUGUCAAAGCCAAAAAGAUACAUUGUUAAAGCCAAAAAUAUUUUGUACAAUAAAAGAAAUAAAUAUUUUAUACAUGUUUC